UAGUUCAAAAAGUUAAGCUCUCUCCGUUUUCUCUUGUGUAAACUCAAAAUAAUUACAUAUUUUGUGAUGGAUUAUACUGUAGGAAGUAUACCUGAUUUAAUAACAUUGAUGAUAAAAUUAAAGUCAAGAGAAUUUCAGUCAAACUAAACGAAAAGAAACAAGGUAAUUAACACAAUAAUGAAGUGAGUAGCUCGGAAUCUAUUUUGAAAACAAAAGAGGAACAAAAAACGCAAAGAAAAAAAUGGUAUGAGUGAUAAUCAACAAGGAGAGAAUGUAGAUAAUAUUUCAUCAAUAAUUUAUAAUAAAAUGAAAAAUAAAAAAAAAGUAUCAAAUGAUGGAUGGCAGCACUUUGAUGGUGAAAAAGAACAAUUAAAUAAGGAUAAGGAUACUACAGAACCAAGUCCAAAAAAAAUAAGAUUUGUCAAACAAGAAGAUGCUCAAAAUGCGGUACAACAAAAUGGUAAUGUUUUCAAAGAAAAGUAUUUGUGUGUUUGUUGGUGUGGAUCUACUACAAAAAAUAAUGAGUGCAAGGCAAUAUUUGUUGGAAAUUUGAAUUUCUAUUUAAGGAGCUGAAGAAGAGCAGUUAUGGAAAUUAUUUGAACCUUGUGGUUUGAUAGAAUCAUCUGUUAGAAUUGCCAGAGACCCUCGUACCAGUAUGGGAAAAGGAUUUAGCUAUGUCAAUUUCAAAGAUGCCAUACAAUUAGAUCUCCAGAAAAUGUGAAACUUGUGAUCGGGAAUUGAGAAUCAAAAGCGAGUCGUAUAACUGGUUGCGGAUAUGACAGGCGCUACAAAAACACUUUCAGUAAAAAUUAAACAGGAAAAUGUGUGAUUUUCGGAAUCUCCAUGAGAAAAUGCAUGAUACCAAUUGUUUUUUCGAUACUUUCCUUUUUCUGAUGUGUUUUUUUUUAAAUAUCAAAUUUGUAUAUAAUUGAUUUAGUAUCACCCUUAAGGAGAGGAAACCAAUCAUACACAAUGCUUAGAACUGGUUGUUAUUUUAUCUAUGAGUCGUAUAACGGGUUGCGGAUAUGACAGGCGCUACAAAACACGUGCGUCCUCUGUGCGAGGAUGUCCGAACCACAGUUAUCACUAUAUAGUAGAGAGGAAAGUUUGUGUCUUAUCCGGCAGAUGGCGGUGGGUGAAUCAAGAGGAGAAAAUUGGAUUUAUACGAAAACCAUUGCCCAAAUUCGAAAACUGAUGUGAUUUUCGGAAUCUCCAUGAACAACAACUUUCGUGAAAAUCAAAUUUUCACGACGUUUCUCCACUUUUCCCCCCUUAAUGAUUUUUUUUUCGGAGAAACUGAUAGCUCAAAUUUUCAAAGAAAUAAAAAUGACAAAAAAAUCUUUUGUCUCCGAUUUCGCUAGAAUUUUGCACGAGUGGGUAUUUUGAUAUGAGGAUACCAGAAAAGUUAGUUUCUCCGAAAAAAAUCAUUAAGGGGGGAAAAGUGGAGAAUAGUCGUGAAAAUUGGAUUUUCACGAAAAUUGUUCCACAAAUUCGAAAUCUGAUGUGAUUUUCGGAAUCUCCAUGAGAUGAUACAUGUAACCACGCGUUUUUUCCGAUACUUUCGAAGUAUGCUAUUUUUUCAAAUUUUCAAAAGUUAACAACUCCUUGGUUAUAAAAAUGUCAAAAAAAUCUUUUGUCUCCGAUUUCGCUCGAAUUUUACACGGGGCGGUAUUUUGGUAUGAGGAUCCCAGUAAAGCUAUCAGUUUUUGCUUUGAAGUUUUUUAUUUUUGUUUACAAAUUUGUUAUUGUUACAUAUUUAAGGAAUAAUAAAAUUUUUUUAUGAAAAAAUUGAAAUUUAUUGAACUUUUUAGAAGCAAAUAACUCGAUAACCGAUUGAGUUACACGAAUCAAACAAGAGUAACUUUUUUUUUGUAGAAUUUAACGCUUUUUAAUAUUCUUUUAUUAUUUUAGUUGUAAGUUUUCAUAAAAAAUUUUAUUAUUCCUUAAAUAUGUAACAAUAACAAAUUUGUAAACAAAAAUAAAAAAUUUCAAAGCAAACACUGAUAGCUUUUCUGGGAUUCUCAUACCAAAAUACCGCACCGUGCAAAAUUCGAGCGAAAUCGGAGACAAAAAAUUUUUUUGUCAUUUUUAUAAGGUUGGUUAUAAAAAUGACAAAAAAAUCUUUUUUUCCUAGUUAAAGAAAAAGUCAAUUUAAUAUUCUUCUAUAUGUCGAUCGUUAAUGAAUAAAGAAAUAUUAGAAGCGAUGAUGACCAGGCUCGGAGGAAUGAAUAUCUCCAUUUCUAUUGGAAACUUCUCAGUUGUCAGUCCGAUAUAUCAAUUGCUUCGACAUGAGGGAUGACCCUGUUAAGUUGAUGUUAAAACUAGAAACAUUAGGACAAAAUAAAAAUAAUUUUUGGAUAAUAGAAUAUAUGUACUUAUCCAUUUUUGUCCUAAUUGAAAUAGCUUUUUUGCUUCCUGGACUAUAUCUAUUAGCAAAUGGCACAAACCUAGACAUUUUCAUAGAGUACUUCACGCCAUACUGCUUUUUACAGUCAGGAUGUGCUGGUCUUAUUAUUUCAGCAAACUUUAUGUCAAAAUCGGAAAUAGUUACAUCAACUUUGUAUAAUAUUUCAAAAGUCCUGGAAACGCAAAGUACAGCAUUUAAGAUGAAAAUUUUGAAAAAGGCAAGAAUGUAUAAUACUUUAUCGGUAGUGAUAUCAAUAUUAAGCGUAUGCGUUCAUCUUUCAUGUUUACCUUUACUCAUUGAUGAUGGAUUCGAAAAUUUCACAUUUUAUACUGUUAAGAGAUUUUAUGGCGACGGUCCCAGUUUUAUUUAUAUAUUGCUGAUAUUUCCAUGUUUAAUAGCAGCUGGUUUAGCAAUCGUUCAGCCAGUGCUGUUUUUCAUUUAUUUCACAUUUCACAUACAAUUACAAUUGAUGUGGCUCAAUGAGUAUGUUAUACAAAAUUUACACAAGAAAUUGAAUAUACAUACGAAGAAUGGAAGAGAUCAAGAACUAAUUCACGAACAUCUUUUAAAUGUUGUCAAAUAUCGUUUGUGUUUUAAAAGAGCAGUCGACAGUAUCAAGACGUUUCAGAAAGUCACUAUAAUUUUAUUGAGUACAACAGGAGCAAUGACUUUAAUAAUGUGUAUUUACCAUAUAAGAAACAAUACCCAUCAAUCAAAAUCCUUCAAAAUGCAUUUGGUGAUUGUAACUUUCAUUUUGAUUUCGGUAUUAUUGAACAUCAGUGGUCAAGCUAUCUCAGAUCAGUCAAUAAAACUACGAGACAUAUUAUACGAGAGUCCUUGGACCGAUUGGAAUACAAAAAACAGGAAAACAUUAUUAAUAAUAAUAACCAAUAUAAUGGACCCUUGGGAGAUAUCAUUUUACAAUUUAAUCUCUACAAACCAUUUAUUUUUAACACAGUUAGCCAAAGCGGCCUACAGUGUGGCGGCUGUUCUCUCCGAGCUUAAAUGAACUGUUUCAACAUCUGAAGCAUACAUGAUGUCGGGAACAAUAAAUAUUUGUCCUAAAUAUGAAUAUUUGGAAAUUAAAAUUAUACUUGGUCAUAUUUUGUGAAAUAGAUACGUCAAUUAGGUGAAGCUAUUCUCAUAAUACGAACUAUAUCUAAAUAAAAAUUUUUAUUUCCAAAAAUUAGAUGCUUUUAACUCUGAAUGUUGAAAAAAAUCAUAGAUUAGAUGCCUUUAACUCUGAAGUUUUCACUCAGUAUAUUAUUAUAUGAAAUAAUUGUAACUGCACUUCAAUUAGAAUUAAAUGUCUAUUCGAA